AACCCCAUCUAAGAAGAACUGCACAUCAUAUUGUCUUGCUGGUCAGUUGGUGGGGAGGACCAAACCGUAACUUUAGCUGUGGUGAAAACGAUGUUUUUUUGUUCUUUAGAUUGUAAGGAUACCUCACUAUUCGUCAAAGCUGGAUUGUGGAUCUCGUGCUCAUUUAAAAGAUGGAUUUAGACGUGUGUGCUGGCGGAAACAGUACCAAGGGAAAAGCUGGUUCGGCUCAUGCAGGUGAAGGAGGGGCUAUGGCGAUCGUGCCUCUGGAGCUCUAUGACUCCGCUAGAGCGAAAAUAGAUGCAAAUCUCCGCUGGCUGCUAGCCAAAGCUUACGGUAUAGACUACAUCCCAGAAGACCUAUGUGACCCCUUCUACACGGACCAGUAUGAGCAGGAGCACAUCAAGCCGCCCGUCAUCAGACUGCUGCUGUCAGGGGAGCUGUACUGCCGUGUCUGCGGCCUCAUCCUGAAGGGCGAGCAGGCCUCAACUCUGCAGUCCCACCUGUCUGUCAUCCAGGCCCUCUCCCGGAAAGGCAUCUACGUCCUGGAGAGCGACAACAAUCCAGUCUCUGACGGUGACCUGGACUGUAGCCCCAUCAAGAUGAGUUCCCACAUACCACUAAUUGAUUCCCUGAUGAUGGCCUACACAGUGGAGAUGAUCAGCAUAGAGCGGGUGGUAGACUGCGUCAAACGCUUCUCCACCUUCAGCGCCUCCAAGGAGCUGCCCUUUGACCUGGAGGACGCCAUGGUCUUCUGGAUCAACAAGGUGAAUAUGAAGAUGAAGGAGAUCACAGAGAAAGAGACCUUAAUCAAGCAGCAUCUGCUAGAGUCCCCCAGCCACCAAAAGGUGCGAUACCGUAGAGACCACCUCUCUGGCCGGCAGCUCCAGCACUUCCCCAUGCUGGAUGACCUCAUGAAGGACAUGUGUGAUGGCGCCGCUCUGCUGUCAGUGGUGCACUUCUACUGCCCCGAAUUUAUGAGGCUAGAGGAUAUUUGCCUGAAAGUGGUGUCCUCCAUAGCAGACAGCCUGUACAACAUUCAGCUCUUGAGGGAGUUUUGUAAUGAGUACCUGAACCGUAGCUUCCACCUGCGCCCAGAAGAUGUGAUGUAUGCUCCCCCAGUGCUGAAGCACAAUGUCAUGGUGUUCAUCGCAGAGCUAUUCUGGUGGUUUGAGAUCCUCAAGCCCGACUUUGUCCAGCCCCGGGACUUGCAAGAAGUCAAAGACGUGAGGUCACUGCUGCAGCCCAAGAAUUCCCGCCCCCAUGUCUCCAUCUCCAAUGCUACCAAACGCAGCUUCCUGGCCACACCUGGCUUUCCUGACGUCAUAACAACGUCCCAAAGCCCAGAUAUCUGUAACAGUACCAAAGUCAGUCCUGCGUCUAGCCCCUCACACUUAUUACUCCCCCUGAGACAGAGGCAGCAGAAGUCCAUACAGGAGGAUGACGCCUCAGGGCAGAGAACCAGGUCCAACUCUCUGUCACGUGUGGACAGUCAAGUUCAGGGGUCAAUCCUGGCCUGGCCAGAGAGAAGACAGAGACCCCUUUCCCAGCCUUUCCCCCUGGAGAGAGAGUGCGAUGGCCUGAGCCUGGCCCGCUCCAUCAGCAAGGACAGCCUGGGAUCCAACAUCAUCAGCGUCACCCCCAAACACAUGCUUGGUGGGCCGGGGAUGGGGGUGGUUGUACAACUGCCCCCCUGCAGGCUCAACGCUCAGAAAAUGAUGGGCCACAUCCGCUUCAAGGACAAGGAGGAGGAAGAGCUGGUGGCCAUCAUCCCCCCGGCGGCUCUGGCCAGGUGCUACGGCCCCCGCGCCUCCCCCGAGAGUUACGAAAUGGAGCAGGACGACCUGGAGGUCCAGAGUGUGGUGACCUCCAGAGUGUCCAGCGCUCGGCACACUUACUGCCUCGCUGCCCCUCACCCCGACCCCCAGGCUGAGAGUUUCUACCUGGAGCCCCUGACGCCAGCCGUUUUUAAGACUGCCAAAGAGAAGAGCAUCAGCCUGAACAAGGAGGAGGAAAGCGGGGAGAGUACAAGCAAAGCGGUCUUUAAGAGAACCACUGAGGGUCUUAAUUGCACGUUCACCCCCAUCCCCAAUGCGGAGGCCACCUCUGGUCCCUUCAGACCACCCAUGAAGGAGGGUACGGGUUCUUCUCAGCUCCCUCUGAUGGGGGCAGCAGAGCCCAUCACCAGGGAGCAGUCCUGUGGCUUCUUCCUCCACCUGUCACCGGAGCCCGGGGACCAGGCGACGGCCCUCUUGGGGCAGGCACCAAGCCACAGCCCCUUCCCCACCACCAUUACUACAGCUUGGGUGGGCCAGGACUCAUACUCUGAGAUUGCAAACCUGGAAGAGGAGGAAGAGGAGGAGGAUCAGAUGGAGCUGGCCAAGGAAGUGGUGAGGAGGGUCAUGGGGAAGUGCCUGGGAGAGGGAGGGGAGAGCAAAGGGGAACCGGAGGGGGGAGAGGGCGAGUCGGCCAAGCUCCGGGAGGACAUGAAGGUGUGCGAGCGCGAGGACAAGGAAGGCCUUGAGGCCUGGAGCGGGCCGCCCAGCCCCUGCCUUAGCACGGCGUCCUGGGCCAGCAGUGUGUGCAACAGCGGCACCGUGCAAAUGACCAGCUUUGCAGAGCGCAAGCUCCACCAAAAGGUCAAUAGCUUUCCUGACGGCUGCUCCAAUAACAGCAGCUCCCAAAAGACCACGCCCGACGGCUCGGAGAGCGCCCCCUACACUCUAGGAGGCUUGUGGUGCCUGCAGGCUCCUAGCCCAUGUCGGCUGGCUAAAGACGGCGCUUUGCGGGUCAGGAAGGAGGGUGGCACCACCAACGUCCUGGCCUCAGAGCUGGUGCAGCUCCACAUGCAGCUGGAGGAGCAGCGGCGCGCCAUAGAGCACCAAAAGAAGAAGAUGGAGACCAUAUCGGCGUGCCAGCGACUCAAGCUGGGCAAGGCUGCCUUCCUCAACAUUGUCAAGAAGGGGGGCGGCAAGAGCAACACGCUGCCCCAGCCCCUCAAACACCUAGAGACCCAAUAUCAGACGGCCGGCAAGGACAAGGCUUGCAGGGGCGACUCGUGUUUGGAUGUCCUGAAGGGUCAGGGGAAGGAGGGACAGCAGCAGAGGGACAGGGACAACAGAACAAACAGUGGCGGUGCAGGGCCGCCGGACGAGGCGGGGGUCGAGCCAGACCUGAGUGAGUGUAGCCGCUCCAUAGAGUUGCUGAAUGAAGCCAUCGGUGCCAUUCAGCAACAGAUGAUGCAGCUGUCUCUACAGCAGGACCGUCUGAUAAAGCAGAGCGUCCAGUCACCCCUAGGCGUCCCGCAUGCCGCCUCCCUUCUAUCCCUACCAUCUGCCCCUACACCCACCCAAGACACUUCUUCAACUCCUUCCUCAGACUCCACCAUUACCCCCACCGCUCACUCAGACUCCAGUGCUACCCCCACCGACUCCAAAUUCCGCCCGGCCGUGCAUUUCAUGGAGACCAUCACCACCGCUCCGCCCACCCGCCGCCCUCCCAAACUGAGCUCCGGAUGCAGCCCCAGGACCAAACCCGCAGAACUCAAACUGACCAAGGAAAAUGGCAGGCCGGCUUCCAAGACCAGCACCCCCGCAUCCAACACAGACCCAAGGCGCUCCCCAGGGUGGCACACCACCUCCCGAGGGGAGCAGGAUAGGGACCGGAGUCAGAACAGCAGCCCCACCUGCGUGAUAUUCACAGAGAGCCCCAGGGCCUUGGAGAGAGGCACUCUCCGUAGCACCACCUUCAAGAUCAGAGAUGAGGCCAACCAGCGCAGCCACAGAGACGGGCCCACCCUUAGCCCUAAGCAUACCCCCCCUGAGGAUUCAACCCCCUAUGGCGCCCCUCUCACACCCCACUGUGUGGACGUGGCUGAGGAGCUGGAAGGGCGGGAGCGUAGCGGCUCAGGGAAGGAGAACGAGCACGGCGAGGAGGGAGGUCGAGGGAAAGGCCAGCUGAUCGAGGUAGAUCUGUCUGACCUGAAGGAACCGUCGGAAGAAAAAGACUCCAAUAUAGGGGACACCUCGGCAGACGGAGAACAGAAGUCAGGACUGGGUUUCUUCUUCAAGGACGAUGAGAAGAUGGCAGAGGAUGAGAGGGCAAAGCGUCGCACUCACUUUCUCCUCAAACAGCAGCGGAAGAUGGAGGAGGCACGGCUCCGCAAACUGCAGACGGAGGCUGAGAGCGAACAGAAACGAGACGAAGCAAGGCGUAAGGCAGAAGAGGACCGGGUGAGGAAGGAGGAGGAGAAGGUGCGGAGGGAGCUGAUCAAGCAGGAGUACCUGAGGAGGAAGCAGCUGGAGCUGAUAGAGGAGCAGGGUUUGGUUAGGCCCAGAUGUAAAGCCAGGAAGACCCGGCCUAAGUCCCUGCAUCGUGGAGAGUCCUGCUCCGACACCGGCUUCUCCAAGGGAUCCUCCACACAGGACAUUCUCCACUGUUUCCAGUCAGGCUCCACUCUCUCCUUGGCCACCGAGACAGAGAGUGUCACUUUUGGAGGAGCCGAACCACAGAGGGGUGGGUCGGUGGAGUCGUUCCCUCUGCUAAGCAGGAACUCCAGUAGGAACAUGGAGAGAGACUGGGAGAACGGCUCUACAGCCUCCUCCAUCACAUCUACAGUAGAGUACAAUGGUCCCAAGCUGUUUAAGGAGUGUGUUUCCAAGUCCAACAAGCCGAUAAUCCACAAUGCCAUCACCCACUGCUGCCUGGCUGGCAAGGUCAACGAAGCCCAGAAGAACACCAUCCUCGAGGAGCUGGAGAGGUGUGAGGCCAACCACCUGAUGAUUCUGUUCAGGGACGGUAGUUGCCAGUUCCGAGCCAUCUACUCCUUCUCCCCCGACACAGAGGAGAUUGUCAAGUUCACCGGCACGGGGCCACGCAGCAUUAGCCGCAAGAUGAUCGACAAGCUCUACAAGUACAGCUCCGACCGCAAGCAGUUCAACUGCAUCCCCGCCAAGACCGUGUCAGUCAGCGUGGAUGCCCUGACCAUACACAACCACCUGUGGCAGAUCAAGAGGCCCAGCGGAUCUUCUAGGAAGAAGUGAGGAAGGGAAGAAGAGGAGGAUGAGAAGGCACUCCAUAGGCAUUCAUUCUACGAUUGGGCAGGACCCAGUAGCUCGGAUAUCACCCUUCUGUGGGUUUGGCCUGUUGAUGACGGGGGAUUGGUCUAUUGCUGUGUGUGUGUGUAGCCUUCGGAUUGGUGUAAAUGGCGGUCUCCAUGGAGAUGGACGUGAGAAUUUUUAACACCUUCCAACUAACUGAAUGAGUCUUUUAAAGAUUAGCAAUGUUUUUGUUUUUUCUCAAGGCAGUUUUCUGCAUGUGACACUUUUUAUGCUAACUGAGGAAUAGCCUUUAGUUUAGCACUGAACACACUUCUAUACAGUACUUUACCCUUAUGUAGUGGAUCGAAAAGACAAAACUACAAAGUAAUACUGAAACUACAGACUACUGAAAUAAGUGCAAAUAGAGGCAGCACUGAAAGUACAGACGCUACAGACUUAUAAUAAUAGAAACCACAGCCAUUGUCAAAAUUGUUUGAAAGUGUUUGUUCUAGUCGGGCAAAAUCCUGCUGCUGUGACCCCUCUGAUCUCCUUCAAAAGGCUAUUUAUUCAAUAAUACUAGUAUGGGCUAUUAAGUUAUUUUACCAUGAAUAAACUUUACUUAACAUUUUUUGUAAGUAUGAAAAAUGAGAAAGAUAUGGUCAAGUCUUGUUUUUGUGUGUGUUUUUGCAGAUGUUUGUGGAAAGGGGGGUUGGGAAUGCACGGCUGUGUGUCUCUGAAUGCGUUUACUCGUUAAACGAUGCUUUAACAAAGGUUUUAUCAUUGAAUGGAACAAGCUCCACCACUGUUUAAUUCAGUUAGAAGAUGAAUGCUCUUGUCCCAGGAGAAGGGAGGCUCAUAAUUUCCUCAGUGUUAGUGUUAGUGGGGAGCUGGUGAUUAGUAUUUCCUCGGUUCCAAACGAGCACGCUUUGGGUUUCAGUGUAUUGCACUCUAUCUACAGUAUGUUACAGCAGAAUACUGGCCCACGAUCAAUGGUACUCAUGAAGAUUGCUCAGCUCACUCUUACCACCAGAGAGACACCAAGGUCUUGGUCCUGCUGCUUUUCACUAAAACACUGGAACCUGAUCUGAAGUAACUGACUAGUUUCAGGAUUUUUUUCUGGCAGUGUGAUCUGACCAGGACAACGAAAACAACUAUUGGCUCUACUUGCAGCCUAUACCAUGAGCCAGGAUUUUUCCCUAGUCACAUGGUCAGGGAAAACUCCUGGCCCCAUUCAUGACCUAAACCUGCUAUCUGUGAGCACUAAGAGCAGCUCUACCAUGAAUGAAUAUGCCUCAAGUUCAUUCAAGUCAAGGGAAACUGGACAAUACUUGAUAUUAUUUGCUGCAUUUUGUACAUUUGAGUAGUGGUUAUGUAUAUACUGUACCACCUUAUGUUUACUAAAAGUUGGCGCAAUUGAAUUUUUCAUUACUGGCUUUAAAGAUUGUAUUUGUUUCUUUAAUAUAUUCUACUAUAUAUUUAUUUUGAAAAACACUAGUGUAAUAAAUAAUACUGGUAAACUAACAA